AGCUGGAAUGGCCGCCAUUCCACACACCACUCCUUCGACACCUUACCCCUAACCCGCUGCCGUGUUUGGAGCGUGGUUAGGCUUUCCCAUUCCGCUCACUCUCGCCCAUUUGGCCAGGCGUAUAUCGGCCCAUUUCCCGCUAUCCGGAACCCCGCCGUUUCCUCUCUCCGCCACGUUCGCGUAUUGCUCACGAUCAGCUCGUUGAAUCGUCCAUGCCAUUCUGGGUAAAUCGCAACCCUCCAUCCAUGACCUAGCUUACGCAUUAGUCAAAUCUUCGCGAACCUAUCGCCCGUCUCCCGUUCCCUGCUGUUUACUCCCUUGACCACCACAUCCCUUGGAUCUGAACAUUCGUGGGGACAACAUUGAUCAGUAUCACUAGCAUCAUUAGCGGAAUCAACAGCAUCAUCAGCAGUAUCACUAGCAUCAUCAGCAGUAUAACUCGAUCAUCAGCGGUAUCACUAGCCUUAUCACUAACCUCGCCAUGGCCGCGCGGUUCCUCUCCCGUCGCUCCACAUCCACCCUCAAAUCCCUCGCCAACUCACCCGCCGCGAUCCCCACCCUCGCCGCCACCACCGGCACGGCCGUUACCACCACAGCCACGUCGACGCGAGCCCAUGCGGAGUCGCUGUUAUCGCGCGGCGUGUCCACCUGCAGCCGAGCUAGCAGUGGCACCAGCACGACCAUAAACGCCAGCGCCAGCAGCAGCAGCAGCACGACCAUCAGCAGCAGCGUGUUGGCCCAACCCCUUACUCCAUCCCACCACGAUUCACCAGCUCCCACCGCCGGUUAUCCUCUCGCUACUCUCACCACCACCACCACCUCUGCUGCCGCCGCUCUCACCCCUCACUCUGUGAUUCCAGCCAAUCGCCCUCUUUCCGGAAUCUCCGCCGCGUUUCUCGCUCAACCUCCCACCUCGUGCCUCCCUUCCUUGACCCCUUCCUCUCUCUCCCCGUCCGCUGACUCCGUAUCCACCUCUUCUCCGUCACCUAACCAGUCCGGCACCACUCGUCCCCCGUCAUUUCCCCUCUCCUCUCUCUCCGCCCACCCCUCCCCCUCGACGUCCACCCCCCGCGUCCCCAUCCCCGUGCCCUCCACCUUCUCCGCCUCCCGCCGCCGCCCCUUCCACUCCGCCUCCUCCCACCUCUCCUCCUCCCCGCGCGCUCCGCUCCCCGCCUUCUCCAGUGCCGUCACCGCGGCGGCGUCCACCGCCUCCGGCGGCGCCGCAGCCGCCGGCAACGGCGGCGGCGGCAGUUCGGCGGGAUCGCCUCCCGCCGCGUCCAGCGGCGGCAACUGCGGCUCCGCGCGCGGGUUCGCGUCGUCCGCGUCGUGGUGGGGGGGCGGGCAGGGGGAGGAGGAGGAGAUGAUGGCGCUGGCGGCGGACGAAGAUCUCGACCUCGCGGUCGCCGCCAGCGCCGCCAGCGCCGCCAGCGCCAGGUACGCGCGCGAGCAGGCUCCCGACUGGCUGCCACUGGUGCCUGGCGCGGGGUACUGGUACCCGCCCCCCGAACUCCUGAUGGGGAAAGCGCGGCAGGGGAAGAGGCGCGCGGGGAGCGGGGGAGGCGGGGGGGAUGGAGGGAGGGAGGAGGGGGAGUGGGGGGGCGGAGUGGACUCGGAGCAGCAGGAGCGGAGUGACCUAUGGAUGGCAUCGCUGUCCCUGCAGGGGGAGCGGCUGCCGCUCGACGAGCACCUGGAGUUCCAGGCGCUGCGGCUGCUGUGGCAGCUGAGCCUGGGCGACGGCCGCAUGGACGGCAGCAGCAACCAGGAGCUCGCGCUCGCCCUCAUCGCGCCCGCCGGCCACCCCGACCUCAUGUUCUCGUCCCUGGGUCAUGCAGUGGACCUGGACGUGCAGAGGCCAUACAGCAACUCCGAUGGGCAGGCAGACACAGAGAGGGAGGGCGGGGGGGAGUUACCACAGCACGAAAUCGCAGAGCCCUCUCUUCCCGCCGCUGCCACCAUUCAAACGCCCUCCACCACUGUCACCACGGACAUGGACCCAUUCUCAGGCCCGUCCACGCCAGCACCUCUCUUGGCGCACACCAAGCGCACCUACCAGCCCAGCACCAUCCGCCGCAAGCGCAAGCACGGCUUCCUCUCCCGCAAGAGGAGCCGAGGUGGCCGGAAGGUGUUGGCUCGCCGCAUAGCCAAGGGCAGGUCGAAGCUAGCAGCAUGAGCUGUGAGCAGUGCGAGCAGUGCAGGGCGAGUGCGCCGGAUGGGAGCAGGCCAUUAGGGAAGUGUCAUGGGGGGAAGAGGCACAGGGCAGUGCAGUGCAGGGCAGCAUCCAUGCCAUGGCGGUAAUGAUUGUGCCUGCCAGCAGUCUGCCCAUCAUCGCUGCGGAUAUCACGAUGAGCACACUGCUGGCACGUAACGCAAGGCGGCAGUAACCCUUGUCCUGCGUAUGCAUGCUAGUCUCUUCGUACUACUGUAGGAGAUGGUUUUAUCUGGAUGGAUUAGUUGACGAGUCAGAAAUUGAACUAGUGAAAUGCACAUGCAUACCAUUGUAUGGAUGGUAAUAUCUGAAGAGUUGCAAUGUAUUGCAAGCAAUUAGUUAUC